GAGGACGCCAUUGCCCGAUUUCUCCUGGGGAAUUGAUGCUUGUCUUACUUCGGACUGACCUUACCCUUCGGUAUACCUGAAUGACUGUAGCGUAGGUAUGCUCGCGCAUCGACAUGUGCACGCACACGGCAAUUCAUUGGAAGGUCAUCUAUUCGAGGUGAGGGACUCGGCCCGACUUCCGCAUCUUGUUCCCGACUUCCAUCGCAUCUCGCCCUCUUCAUCACUCGCAGCUUCUGUCGAUAGUGGAGUCGGGCCCUCCUCCGACGAUGUGUUCCUACGUCGAUCUUCCUAUAGACAUACAUCUGCUGGUACUGCGGUACCUUCCUCCCAAAGCCAUUGCCUCGACCCGUUUGACUUGCAGAGUGAUGGAGGAAGUGACGAAGACUCGUGCGGUGUGGCUGUUUGCUCUCAAGCGCACCUGCCUCUCGUACGGCGUCCCCUUCAUCACCUACGAUUUUGAGUGCAUGUCACGCGAAGAGCUAGAGUACGCUGCAACGGGCCCGGACCGAUUCCUGCACUCUGGACGCCGCGCGAUGGAUUCGCCUUCGCGUACCCUUCAUCCCGUUGGAGAACGUUGCCGUCUGCCGCUCUCGAUCCAGGAUCCUUUGAUCAUGAGAUCCACCGACGACAUUGUCAUCCUUCCCGGUGGUCGAUUCGUACUUGCCUACAAGGGAACCUUACUGGUUUGGGAUCUGGCCACUGUGUCAGAGAGCCCAUUUGUGGUGCUGGAUAGCAACGACGAAGUUAGUCCUGGGUUCAGGUUCUGCGGUGUGGAUCUUCAAUCUUUGGUACACUACCCCGCCGUCUCGAAGGUACAUCUAGCGGUCUCCGCAAUCAAAAAUAACCAAGAUGGCUUCGUGCCUGCAUCGGCAUGCGUCGCCUGCGAGCUCAACCUGGCAGAGAGCCCUCCCAGUUUCAGUGUCGUGGGUAUCUUGCACAACGCCUCAUUCGAAUGCUCCGCAGGACUGGGGAGCCGCAUCGUCUUUUUGACCAGAAAGCCCCCGGGCUUCUUCGGACUUUGGGACUCUGAGCAAAACACGGCUGCCUCAUGGGUGUGGGAGAGCGGAAGACCAAUCAACGACCCGCUUCUGGUCACAGAAAGACAUAUCAUAGCACACGACCAGCAGAACAACACUAUAGUCGUAUACGAUCUCCCCCCGUCUGAUCUAGCUGAGGGAAGGAUCCCCGCGCCGUCCCAAACGCACGUCGUACAAACUAUAUCUCUCCCACCGGCAAAAGAUCCCCUGCGUUUCAAGGUCCCGAGCUACAACUCAUCGAAGAAUAGCGACAUAAUCGUCAUUGAGGCAGACUUUAUUCCAGCUAAUGGAGAUCACCCUAGCGGGCAGCAGAGAUUCACUUACGGUCAACGCUCCUUCGUGAUACGCUGCAUCGCUUCGCUCAGACCAGGUGACAAACCUAUCACCAUGCCCGAGACGCCAGUGAUAUACGACCACGUCUUGGACCGGCUGCCCCCGAAGCAGAGUGACGACAGCGUCGUGUCUGUGUACAGGCGGGGAUAUCCUUGUGGCGAAGAGUUGUGGGCGCAUUUCUCAUCCCUUGAGGGCCACGCACAAGCGCAGGCCGUAUGCAUCGGACCGCGCGAGGGUUCUUUCUUCAAGAUCCCGGAGAGCAGGACUUGGGGCAUGCAUGCCGACUACGAUCUAUGCCCUGUGACAGGGAGGAUCUGUGUUCAUAGAUGGGACUUCGACGCUAUUGUUGUACACGACACAAUGCCGUCGUAUGUCCCCGCCGAACAUGAAUGAACACCACAUAGGCAGCUAUCGCUCGUCUCGUCUUCGUCUGGUCUCGCAUUCCCUCUCUCGUCCGCGACUCCUCGCUGCCGACUGCGAACCUCCUUCCGCCAACCUCGACUCGCUCUCUGACGACCUCUUUGCCAA